AUGGAAUUUUUCAACGACAAAUCUGUGGCGGUAGUGGCUGAAGCCUGGUUCUACAACGCGGGCAGCGUACUAUGGCCUAAAAAGCACAGGCAGCGCAGCAUUUUGCUGGAGAACAACCAGCGGCCACCGGAUGGUACUAAGGCGUACGCCGUCAAGAUACUAAGCAGUGGCCUAACGCUGCAAAAAGCCUGACAGGCGGCGCGGAGAGCAGAGAAUACUGACAAUCUCUCCAGUUCCGAGCCCCGUCAGUUGGGUAGGGGCAAGAGGAUCAGGUGUGCUACCAUGUUAUGUACCGCUUAUUUUCCUUUGCAGACAUAUUCGCAAACUAACCUCAGACUCCGACGACGAGGACUCGCCAAGCCAACCGAAAGAGCCAACUGGUUGGCCAGCUCCACCGCCAAUACUACAGUAUGACUAUUGUAGACAUUUCGUAGGCCAAGAACGGAUGAGAAUUUGCCACACUUGUUUUCCACUGCGUCGAUUGGACCCAGUCAGUCAACACCACUGUCCUCACUUGAGUAGACAACGCUUAUCAUUUAGUACUUUAGACACUCCACGACAAUUUCGUCAUAUGUUCCCACGGCCACAAUUUCGACGGAAUUUAGCCAGCAGGUGCAAAAGAACAUGGCUGACAUAUCAGGUCAGUUAGUAAGCACAAAUGUCCGGCUAGCGGCACUUGAGUAAGACUGUGAACAAUCUCCCUAACAAACUAGUAGGAAAAGGAACGAUUUCCUAGCUGAGCAACUUAUGGCUCUUCAUAGCAGUGCGCAGCAGAUGCAGGCAACACUAUCAGCUGUCGAAAUUGUGGCCGUUUAAACGGAUGAAGAAAUUGCCGUGGAGUGUGUUGGAUUAUGGGGAUUUCAGCGACCUUCGUAUCCAGGAUGAGAAGUCACUUUCACUGGCCAUUGGUAAUUCCUGCAUAAUAAAAACUUUCGUAAGACAUACGUAAUGCAGGCGCAACGGAAGUAAUGAUACGCUGUAUCCAAUACGUACGAUUUUAGUAGUAAAAAUCACAUGAAGUAAAUAGCAUGCUGUGUAGGAUUGGCAGUUAGAUAAAUUUGGUUACCGGUUCUUUGGCGGGGGAUAAUUAUGGGCACGUGGCGGCAGGUAUGGUGAUUUCUGUAGUCUAAAUAAAGGUGGAUGAAAAUCCCGAAAGUGUGUACCUGACGAAUGUUCCGCCGACGUGUCGAUCUUCCUCCGUACCGGUCCUGUGAUCCAUGAAACUACCUGAUUGCUGUCUGUCGAGAUAUCUCUAUAGUGCAGUUGCCAAAACGGGGAUGUUGGGCAAUGGCAUCUGCGCGUGAAAAUAAACAAGAAUUGGACUUACCUUUAAGGACAGGAAAAAGUGGACAGGCCAUGAAGGACUUCUUCUCCUUGGAUCCGCCCGCCCAACAGAAGUUGUGGCAUAAGGGUGGACCCAAUAGAGCCGUCAGUAGGUUUCUGAGGAAGUCUGCCCCAUUUCGACCACCUACCAUGGCCAGUUGUCGGAUCUGAAAACAGUGAAGUAGAUGUGCACAUACCGCCUCGUUUGCAAAACCGUCGUCUACGCUGAGCUGACGAAGAAAGUUUUCAUAUGCCUCCUCGGUACACAGCGGUAAAUUUAGGGAGGAGGAUGUGACAGGAGCGGCGCUGGAGGCUCUCUGCAAUGCAUUGACAACCUCUGAUAGUGUUCCCUUCAUCUGCUGCGCACUGCUAUGAAGAGCCAUAAGUUGCUCAGCUAGGAAAUCGUUCCUUUUCGUACUAGUUUGUUAGGGAGAUUGUCCACAGUCUUACUCAAGUGCCGCUAGCCGGACAUUUGUGUUUACUAUCUGACCUUUUAUGUCAGCCAUGUCCUUUUGCACCUGCUGGCUAAAUUCCGUCGAAAUUGUGGCCGUGGAAACAUAUGACGAAAUUGUCGUGGAGUGUCUAAAGUAAUAAAUGAUAAGCGUUGUCUACUCAAGUGAGGGCAGUGGUGUUGACUGACUGGGUCCAAUCGACGCAGUGGAAAACAAGUGUGGCACAUUCUCAUCCGUUCUUGGCCUACGAAAUGUCUGCAAUAGUCAUACUUACUGUAGUAUUGGCGAUGGAGCUGGCCAACCAGUUGGCUCUUUCGGUUGGUUUGGCGAGUCCUCGUCGUCGGAGUCUGAGGUUAGUUUGCAAAUAUGUCUGCAAAGGAAAAUUAGCGGUACAUAACAUGGUAGCACACCUGAUCCUCUUGCCCCUACCCAACUGGCGCGGAUCGGAACUGGAGAGAUUGUCAGUAUUCUCUGCUCUCCGCGCCGCCUGUCAGACUUUUUGCAGCGUUCGGCCACUUCUUAGUACCUUGACGGCGUACGCCUUAGUACCAUCCGGUGGCCGUUGGUUGUUCUCCAGCAAAAUGCUGCGCUGCCUGUGCCUUUUAGGCCAUAGUACGCUGCCCGCGUUGUAGAACCAGGCUUUAGCCACUUCCGCCACAGAUUUGUCGUUGAAAAAUUCCACCACGGAAUACAUCUGUAGCAAAUGUUGCAUCGUAAGUCGUAAAAUGCAGAAAUACAUCUGUAAAAAAGCAGACAGUUGAAUAUAAAUCGCGGGAAUGUAGUUGUGUGAAGGAGGGCGAUAAGGUAAUACUGGUUGUUGUUUUUAAAGGACACGUACUUGCAAAUAAUGUCGGAGAGUAAGCCAGUUAUCGGAGUGUCUGAUAAAACGGUGGCUUUAAAAUGCAUAUGGAAGAAGAAUGAAGGGACGUUACAAAAAGAUCCUGACAGUCGCGGAAAGGGCAGUAAACUAUGCUUUUACCCGACAGUGAUGUCAGUGCACAGGGUCUAUGUCCGAUGAGUACGACAUUGUCGGGUGGCUCAGUGGAAAGGACAUAUCCCUUGUGCAGGAUAGCUGUUGAUUGACGGGGCAGUUUAAAGGGCCGUUGCACUCCCUCAUCGUCAUCCAGCAGCAUGGGGCGUGAAGACUGUUCAGACAAGCCUCUUUUCGAAAAACGCCUGUACACUUGUGCGGCUAUGUUAGUGGGCCCUUUUAUGCUACCACGAACGUGUCGUAAAAAAGACUCAAAUGGAAAUGCUGAAAAAUUAUUCUUCACCCCAAACCGAACGACGCCAGCGUGCAAGUGGAGUAGAGAAUGGACAUUGUAAACAAGAUCAGCUGGUUUAUAAAAUGUGGAAAAAUUAUAGACAAAAUUACACAAAAGUUGGCGGCCAUAAUCACCACAAGAUAUAUGCAGGUUUGGGAGACAAAAUAUGUACACUGCCACGGAAAACUGUAAAAAAUGAUUAUAACGUCGUCCGUCUAAAUAUGGGGACAAAUCAACGGGGCCUAUGUACAAGAAGAAUUGCCGAUAUUCGACAGCCUUCCAAAACUCCAGGAAGUCAAGAGUUCUACACUUGCGUGAAAACUGUCGGUAAACAGUGGCAGCAUAGCUUAAUAGAUGCGUUUAAUGACACAGAGUGGGCACCCAAAACCAUGUCCCCACGUAUGCAACAAUUUUCGCAUAAAACCGAGGCAGACUUGGUGCAUGUAGUCAAUUGGGAAACAGGAAACCAUGUCGAUGGGCAAAUCAUCGAAGGGAGAUCUGCCCUUAUGAUGCGGUCUCUGACUUCGCAACCUAAACGACCUGUCAUCACGCAGACGGCCACUGUACUGCGGGAAUGUCAUGCGAUUCGCAAUAUGUUUGCCUUUGUGACAGCAUCUACAGCAGUUACGAUUGCAAAUACAAAAUAGCUUACCUGUCGCAUCCAUAGUAGCCAUUGUGGGCCUUCACCUGUCGUACAUAACAGCGGGCUGGGGUGUCGUAAAUCACAUUGAGCAAAUCCACUUUGAUGACACUUUCUGUACGUGGAUCGCGCAGGCCCGUGUUGAGAAGGCCUUUCAGUUCACUAACACAAUCGCCCAGAAAGUCUUCCAACGGUUCGGGCUUACCAAAACCGCAGAACACUCCAACGACAAAGGGCUGCCCAACAACGGGAUGGUUAACACGAGCUAGGAUCGGCCACAAGCACUGAGCAGACGCUUUAAAGACUUUCAUUCCGUCAAUGUGCAGUUGAACGUGCACUUCAGGAAUGCCCGUUAGUGGGCAAAGGCGCAAUUCGUCGAGUAGGCCGCGUUCGAGACCCAGGUUAACGUAUUUUCCUCUCUUCAGGGACUUGCUAACGCAAGUUCGAGGCGUCUGCAGUAGCGUCCUCGGGUCGUUGGGUAGCUCCGGAUGAUAGUGCCGCAGCAUCUGAAACAAAUCCUUUGCUGUGGUCAACGACAAUGUCGCCCUCAAACAGAAUUCGCGCAAAUCCGUCGUCAAGCCUCUGCCUUCCACUGUGUCCACAGUCCCAGCCACUACAGGCAGUUUUAUAUAUUCCAGUAAAUAAGGCACAUACAACUCCUACCCGUUGAAACUUCCGGCAUUAGUUCGGGCAUUUGCAAUUCCGGUGACUAAUUUGCAACCGAAGACGUUGAUGCGAUGGGUUGCUCCUCCAUAGCAGCAUAAUAUGCCCGCCUCUGGCGCAAGAGCCGCUUGUAUAUAGUGCUUCGGUGAAAGCCGUAAUACUUACGCUUCAUAGCAACGAAUAACUACUCAACGACAACAAAUAUUUGUACUUUCAACAUUGUUAGCAAAGUCAUAAGUGAAAUUAUGCUAAUACGUAUGUUACUACACCUUAAUAAACAUAACGCAUAUCCUAAAUGGCAUAACUUGGAAAAUAAAGAAGUAUCAGACUCAAAAUGGACGCCGAAUUACUUGUCAAUAUGUCGUAAACAAUCACAGGACAUGAGAACCGCAACGCUUGCCCUAGACACAGCAAAAGAUCAAUGGCGUCUAAUUGGGUCACCUAAACAAAGCACCUUAAUCAGCUUAUUUCAAGACAUAACCGCUGCUCACAAUAUGAAAAUUCCUAGUACUUUAUGAGUGAUAUAGGAUAUAUCUUGACUAAUUUAGCACGUUGCAUAUAUAUAUAUAUAUCGAUGUGCGUAAAGAUUCUAGGUCCAGACAUUGUAUCGCGUUCAUCUCCCGAAGAAGAAGAAAGGGCGAAUUCAUAGACCAUACCGUAUUCGAACUGACGUUUCGGAAACUCCCUCGUUUCCAUCAUCAAAGUAGCGUAGUUGUUGCACUUGCCGGUCUUGAGUUGUUCCGUCUUGCCGCUUGCCUCGUAUUAUAGCCGUGCUGGACGCACGAACUUUGACCUGCCUGUUUGCCGCUGAUUGGCUUAGACCUCCCGGGGCUGACCGCUGACAGGCCUGCGUGACCUUUGUUCCCUUUGGGGUCGGCGUAAUUGUGGUCAAAUCAACGUGCCGCUUGGCCUCUCCCACGUCAGCCGGUGGACUGAUCGGUCAUUGCUGUUCAUGUGAGCAGCAUUCACCUUCGCGGGUCAUCGUUGAGGCAGUGUUCGGCCUUGGUCACAUGACCUCCGGCCCCCAAUUCUGUUCUUUUCCGUGAGCGUUGACUCUCGGCCCCGCGUGCUCGCUUGCCUUGCGGGUCCUGCCCGGACUGAUCCGAGCCAUGUACGCAGCGCCUGGUAGGCGGGAUGUAGAUCUAUAGCUCGGUUGAGUGUACCAGCCGAGGACCAACUUUCGAGCACCAGUCUGGCCAUCUUCUCAUUGGCUCGACCAAUUAACGUCGCUUUCUAAAAGGCAAAAUCGUGGUUCAGUUCUCGUAUGUGUCCAUAGACCAAAGACAGCUUGUCCUUGCGGUGGAUUGCAAGUUGGUGUUCAUGCAAUCUUGUACCGAGGCGUUUGCCCGUCUCAACAACAUACCUCGCAUUGCAAUUUAGGCAUGGAAUGCUGUAGACCACCGCUGAUUGUUCCAUCACAGGCAGCGGGUUUUGGGCCUCAUAAUUUGCUGUCUGAUUGUUGAUGCUACAACCGACUUGCUUUAAGUGGAAUUCGCCUCUUAGCGUGUGUUAUGUACUUUGCUCGCUCUGCAUCGGCUGCCUCUUGAAGUUUCCUAGAUUCUGCGAGAAGUGUCCAUUUGAGUCUUUUUUACGACACGUUCGUGGUAGCAUAAAAGGGCCCACUAACAUAGCCGUACAAAUGUACAUGCGUUUUUCUGAAAGACGCUUGUCUGAACAGUCUACACGCCCUAUGCUGCUGGACGACGAUGAGGUAGUGCAACGGCCCUUUGAACUGCCCCGUCAAUCAACAGCUAUCUUUCACAAGCGAUAUGUCCUUUCCACUGAGCCACCCGACAAUGUCGUACUCAUCGGACAUAGACCCUGUGCACUGACAUCACUGUCGGCUAACAGCAUAGUUUACUGCCCUUUCCGCGACUGUCAGGAUCUUUUUGUAAAGUCCCUUCAUUCUUCUUCCAUAUACAUUUUAAAGCCACCGUUUUAUCAGACACUCCGAUAACUGGCUUACUCUCCGACAUUAUUCGCAAGUACGUGUCCUUUAAAAACAACAACCGGUAUUACUUUAUCCCCCUCCUUCACACAACUACAUUCCCGCGAUUUAUAUUCAACUGUCUGCUUUUUUACAGAUGUAUGUCUGCAUUGUACGACGUACGAUGCAACAUUUGCUACAGAUGUAUUCCGUGGUGGAAUUUUUCAACGACAAAUCUGUGGCGGAAGUGGCUAAAGCCCACUAACGGGCAUUCCUGAAGUGCACGUUCAACUGCACAUUGACGGAAUGAAAGUCUUUAAAGGUUCUGCUCAGUGCUUGUGGCCGAUCCUUGCUCGUGUUAACCACCCCUUUGUUGGGCAGCCCUUUGUCGUUUGAGUGUUCUGCGGUUUUGGUAAGCCCCAACCGUUGGAAGACUUUCUGGGCGAUUGUGUUAGUGAACUGAAGGGCCUUCUCACUGCGGGCCUGCGCGAUCCACGUACAGAAAGUAUCAUCAAAGUGGAUUUACUCAAUGUGAUUUACGACACCCCAGCCCGCUGUUAUGUACGACAGGUGAAGGCCCACAAUGGCUACUAUGGAUGCGACAGGUAAGCUAUUUUGGAUUUGCAAUCGUAACUGCUGUAGAUGCUGCCACAAAGGCAAACAUAUUGCGAAUCGCAUGACAUUCCCGCAGUACAGUGGCCGUCUGCGUGAUGACAGGUCGUUUAGGUCAGGGAACGCAUCAUAAGAGCAGAUCUCCCUUCGAUGAUUUGCCCAUCGACAUGGUUUCCUGUUUCCCAAUUGACUACAUGCACCAAGUCUGCCUCGGUGUUAUGCGAAAAUUGUUGCAUACUUGGGGACUUGGUUUUGGGUGGCCACUCUGUGUCAUUAAACGCAUCCAUUAAGCUAUGCAGCCACUGUCUACCGACAGAGUUUUCACGCAAGUGUAGAACUCUUGACUUCCUGGAGUUUUGGAAGGCUGCCGAAUAUCGGCAAUUCCUCCUGUACAUAGGCCCCGUUGUUUUGUCCCCGUAUUUAGACGGACCCCGUUAUAAUCAUUUUUUACAGUUUUCCGUGGCAGUGUACAUAUUUUGCCACCCAACCUUGCAUAUAUCUUGUGAUGAUUAUGGCCGCCAACUUUUGUGUAAUUUUGUCUAUAAUUCUUCCACAUUGUAUAAGCCAUCUGAUCUUGUUUACAAUGUCCAUUCUCUACUCCACUUGCACGCUGGCGUCGUUCGGUUUGCGGUGCUGAAUAAUUUUUCAGCAUUUCCAUUUGAGUCUUUUUUACGAUGCGUUCGUGGUAGCCUAAAAGGGCCCACUAACAUAGCCGUACAAGUGUACAUGCGUUUUUCUGAAAGACGCUUGUCUGAACGGUCUGCACGCCCUAUGCUGUUGGACGACGAUGAGGGAGUGCAACGGCCCUUUAAACUGCCCCGUCAAUCAACAGCUAUCCUUCACAAGGGAUAUGUCCUUUCCACUGAGCCACCCGACAAUGUCGUACUCAUCGGACACAGAACCUGUGCACUGACAUCACUCUCGGGUAACAGCAUAGUUUACUGCCCUUUCCGCGACUGUCAGGAUCUUUUUGCAACGUCCCUUCAUUCUUCUUCCAUAUGCAUUUUUAAAGCCACCGUUUUAUCAGACACUUCGAUAACUGGCUUACUCUCCGAAAUUAUUUGCAAGUACGUGUCCUUUAAAAACAACAUCCAGUAUUACCUUAUCGCCCUCCUUCACACAACUACAUUCCCGUGAUUUAUAUUCAACUGUCUGCUUUUUUACAGAUGUAUUUCUGCAUUGUACGACUUACGAUGCAACAUUUGUUACAGAUGUCAGUCAGUCAGUGUAUUUGAGGGAAAUGGGCUUACGCCUCUGAACUCCCUGUUUGUGCAUAAAAAAAUCGGUAAACAAGGAAAAAUGUGAAGAAAUUGCAGCAUUAAGUGAAUGCAUACAUUGAUUCGCAUAUGUCACUAGUCACAUGGCUAAAAAGUCACAUAGUCCGCUUGUUGCUGCAGCAUAUAUCUGUCAAGGCGACAUUUAAAUGUCUCCACAGAUUGAGACAACAGCCGUCUCGGGCAGGUUAUUCCACGGUUCCAAGACACGGUUGGAGACGAAAUAUUUUCUCACAUUCAGUCUACCCUUUGGCACACGUAGCUUGAAGGGAUGUCCCCGGAGGUGAGUUGUAGUGGCGAGUUGGAAAAUGUCAUCGCGCCGAUGGGCACAAUCCAGGCCGCGCACGAUACGGAAAGUUUGUAUCAUGUCUCCGCGCAACUGCCUAUAACUCAGAGGAUAGAGAUUAAGGUUAGUUAAGCGGAUCUCGUAUGGCAGUGCACUUUGACCUCUUAGUAAUUUUGUUGCUCCUCUCUGCACCCUUUCGUGCGGAUCGUAAUCCUGAUGCGUCCAUGGUUUCCAGGCCUGAAUAGCAUAUUCGAGAUGGGGCCUUAUAAACGUGCCGAAGACUUUGGUGAAGCAGUAUUCCGUGGUGGAAUUUUUCAACGAGAAAUCUGUGGCGGUAGUGGCUGAAGCCUGGUUCCACAACGCGGGCAGCGUACUAUGGCCUAAUUAGCACAGGCAGCGCAGCAUUUUGCUGGAGAACAACCAGCGGCCACCGGAUGUUACUAAGGCGUACGCCGUCAGGGUACUAAGAAGUGGCCUAACGCUGCAAAACGCUCGACAGGCGGCGCGGAGAGCAGAGAAUACUGACAAUCUCUCCAGUUCCCAGCCGCGCCAGUUGGGUAGGGGCAAGAGGAUCAGGUGUGCUACCAUGUUAUGUACCAAUAAUUUUCCCUUGCAGACAUAUUCGCAAACUAACCUCAGACUCCGACGACGAGGACUCGCCAAACCAUGCGAAAGAGCCAACUGGUUGGCCAGCUCCACCGCCAAUACUACAGUAAGUAUGACUAUUGUAGACAUUUCGUAGGCCAAGAACGGAUGAGAAUGUGCCACACUUGUUUUCCACUGCGUCGAUUGGACCCAGUCAGUCAACACUACUGUCCUCACUUGAGUAGUCAUACACUUUGCAACGCAGAAGUGGUCACCUGCACUAUUGGGAGGUCCUCCAAAAUAUCUUCAAAUUAGGCGUCGCCAUGGCCGCGCUUGGCCACACCUGGGCAGCUUGCUACUAGCGACAACGAACGCUGUGUCAGAGGACACAUACCACAUAUAAUACAUGAGCAGCUCGCUAAGAGUGCAACAGGCCAGACGCAGACAACUGUUUCACGGUCGGUGCCGAUCAUCAGUACGUCACAAUCUUGGCAUGGUAUGCUGUAGACCACCGCUGAUUGUUCCAUCACUGGCAGCGGGUUUUGGGCCUCAUAAUUUGCUGUCUGAUUGUUGAUGCUUCAACCGACUUGCAUUAAGUGGAAUUCGCCUCUGCUUAACGUGUGUUAUGUACGUUGCUCGCUCUGCAUCGGCUGCCUCUUGAACCUUCCUGGAUUCGCGGCCAAGGCAUAACACAAGACAUCUUAUUCAGACAUAUUUGGACAAAAUUGUUGCAUAUGCAGAAGUGAUCAGAAGUGGUAUAUAUUUCUAGCCGAUAUAAUGGAAAAAGAAAGGCGUUCAUUGAAAAAUCGCGUUUUACUCGUAAAUUUUUUAGUUACUGUCAGCGACGAAAUAAAGAUAAUAUAGAAAGCGAGGCAGUCACACUUGGCGCAUCUCUGGACAUAAGUAAGAAAAAUAGACAUAUACGGGACCAUUGUUAUAUUGCCCUGACGUUUCAAAAGCAAGCAAGCUUUCAUCGUCGGAGAUGAGUGUUGUACAGUAUUUAUGAGUGGUGACCAUCUUGUUGAAAUGGGUUCACCUUCAUCAGGGGGUGGCGUUUGAACGCUGGCCGUCAUCCCACGUGUUUGCACUGAUCUUUGCUCACGUCCUAGGCCUACAACCCGAAUUUGACUAAUGUGUGAUCGUUACUGCCACUUAUCUGGCAGUUGAAAACACAGGCGGUCGCAGGGUCGUGAAGAUUUCCAGCCUAGGACGAGAAACUGUGAGACGCAGUACAACACUCACCUCCGACGAUGGAGCCUUGUUUGCUUUUGAAACAGCACGGCAUUACAACCAUGGUUCACGAGAUCGCUUCUUCUUACCAUAUGGUGGCGGCGCAUACAGCAGAUCCACUUAGUCCUAGACGACCACCGGUUCCUUCCAGUCACGCCACCCCCCCCCCCUCAUUCCGCUUCCUUUGAAGCAGGUGUGACUGAACACGAAUCGGACGCGCCGUCUGAAGAAGUACGCGUGUCGACAUCCCGACCGGAAGAAGGAUAAACUGGAGGAAGGCGUCCCCGGCAAUUGGUGUGAGAAUAUUUUUUUAGAGAGAGAGGAAUGCUUUAUUUUGAAAAUAACAUUCAAAACUUUCAGCAAAAAAGGUUCUCCAGUACACAGGGAUUACCAUAGAUAUUAAAAGGUAUUGCACAUGUGGGCAUAAUUAUAUAUGAAGAAAAAGGGACUUUUAGGUGCAAGAUCGAGUUUUAGCUUUUGUUGUCCAGCAUCUUUGCAGGUGAGAUAUCGGGCUAUAAAUGGCAGUAUGGAAUUCUGAUAAGCCGAAGUGCGAGAAGGGAUGUGGCGGAAGCAUCGACGCAUGGGGCGUAAGGAUUUCGCAGCCAUUAACUCAUUAUGAAGGGGAUGGACGGUGUCAUUCAGAAUUCGGUCAGCAAAUUGCUCCAUCGUAUUGAAGUGUCGCUGCACGAGGAUAUCAACUAAAAUAUGAUAGGAAACACCAGCAGCAGAGGCGAGCAUUCGAAUGACACGUUUAGGAGUAAUUAGGUCUUUUUUAAGUAAAGCUGGAAAAAUAACUGGAGAACAAUAAAGAAUGAGUGGAAGAAUACAGUCAUCUAUGAAUCGCCAGAUUAAGGACUGGGGUGUGUGAUAUGAACGUAGCCGACGAAUGUAAUAAACAAGUUUUUGAAUUUUUGUUAAAAGGGUUUCCAUAUGUAGAGAGAAAGAGAAAUUUGAGGAUAAAGUAACACCUAGGUACCGGAAAGAAGAUACCUCAUUGGGAAGAAUAUCCAAAGGUUCAGGAUUGGGAGAGGGUCGCAAUCGAAACACACACUGUACUGAUUUCUGAUUGUUGAGUAGAGUCCAUUAUUCGAUGACCAUGUGGAGACGUGAAGAAGCACAAAAGUCGGCCCAAGUCUUUGCGGUGGAUACGCGGGAUAACUGAAAGGACUGUGAAACUUCAUCUUCUUCGUCCUCCUCAAUCUCCUUUGUUCUUACCUCCUAUAUAACCCCUUUGUCGUUCUUCAGUUUUAUACUUAGCGGUCUGUUGGUUUCCCCUGCACACGUCUCCGCCGGGCCACAAAGCGGCAUGCCAUACGCAUUUGCUCUUGCGAUGGAACUCCCGACGGUUCUCAUCUAA